AUGGAUAUCAUACGGGCGCCGGAACCAAUCGACACCGUGAAAGAGACGGAGUUGGUUCUGAAUCCAUCCUCGCCGCUAAAGGUGAUUGAGCUCCAAGAGCAACAGGCAUUGAAAAUUUUGCCACAAUUUGCAGGCGUACAGUGCUGUCUGUUUACAAUCGACCUGACCUGCUACGACCGCUACCUCAAUGAUCAGGCAGGCACGAAUGCGCUUCAUGAUCGCAUAUCCAAACUAAAGUACAUCCUUUUGUCGCCGCAUUUUAGCGACACUCUGGUAAUGCUCAUGUUCACCAAUGGCUCUGCAUUCGCGAAGCACAUUAUCACCUCACCCUUGCAAGGCCACUUCCCGGAUUACAACGGUGGGAACAACGUGGAUGCAGCAAGCAAAUAUAUCUUGAAAAAGUGUAAGAGCGCAAAUCUGAAAGACCGUGCGUUGGUGUGGCAUAUGUUCCUUGAGGACGAGGCGGAGACUGAAUCGACCGCCAACUUCUUCAGGCAGUCUGCAUUGUGCAGGGCAGUGUUUAUGACUUAUAUAUGA